UUUAUUUAAGAGAUGUAACCAAGGACACAAUAUGUAAACUGUUUUUAUAUUUUAUAAAAUAACGAAAUACACACUCAACUAUAUUUAAUAUCAAAAUGUCCUCUGUGACUGAUACCGCAAAAAUCGUAAGAGCCGAAGUUGAGGACCCAAAACAAAGUACGUCGGAACGCCCCGGAGACAUUUUAAUUGGUGGGUGUCAAUACAGUAAGACGGAUAAACUAAAGCCAGAAUUAUUUUCAAAAAACCUACCUAGAACAAAACUUGCUGGGGUGAAAUCAAACUUAUACAAUCCAGUUCAAAGUACAUUUCGAAGACGUGACAUUGAAAACGUACAAGGAAAACUCAGUGAUGAACUUUCGGGAAAUACAUUACCACCAGGAUUGGUCGCAUUGCCAAAUUAUAAUGAUCACAAGUUUGAUCCACCACAGAUAGUUUUUCCAGGAUAUGAUAUUUUACCCAUGCCACUAAAUGCAGAAUACCAAAAUAAAACUAUUGAUGAAUUGUCAUUUUUAAGACAUAAAGAUAUGUCUGAUUUGUGGAAGAAAUUUAUAGACAACGUGCCUAUGUCCAAAACCAGGAUUGCUCAUAUUCCAAAAAACAAAGAUUUUCGUUUUCAUAACUAUGUGGUGAAAUACAUGAAAAAAGACUAGUGCACGCAAAAACCGUCAAAUUUUCAUAUGAAGAAAUAUUCAACUUUUAUGGAAGAAAACAAUAUUUUGUAUUAUGAACUUUUGCGCUAUCUAUUAAACAACAUGCAUAACGUUUGUUGUCGUAUCUUAAUCAUCUACAGAUGGAGCUCGUUAAUAUAUUUAAAAUUUUAAACUACUAAAACUAAACUACUAAAAUCAUAGAUAUUAUUAUGACUGUAAACAUAAAAAAUUAAUAUAGUUCUUAUUUUUUUAUUAAACUAUGAUUUAACUUUUAA